CCACAGGCAGGGGGUGACGACGCGGAACAGGCGAAAGCCGAGCUCAAACAGUACGUCGCUUCCAAUAGUACACCGCAGCCACUUAUAUGGUCUGCCCACAACCCCCCUCGUUAAACAAGAUGAAGUGGGAUGCUAACCCAGCAUACGUCCUUUUAUAGAAUUCUAUUAGAUGCCUUUUCCCGAAGACAUGAAGCACAUAAAAUCUAUCGCCGCCAGAAGGCAGCGAAAAGAUGGAUUGAAAAUUGCGAAAUGGUACUUCAGGGACAGCGACCUAAUGCUUCGUACCAACGAGCACUUAGAGUAUGCGAUGCGCAGCUUCGAACAGAUCUAUCAUCAAUAACAGAUCAAUCUAUCUACCUAGAAUUGCAAGCUUCGGAUAUGGCUUUGGGUCGUUGGGUGGCAGAGGAUCCGAGUCUUCGUACAGUACAGCGCUGGGUGCAGGCCAGACCACAAACGACCUAACUUGUCUGCCGACCUAGGUAGUUAGGUACCUACGGUAGCGUUAUGCUUAGCGGCAUAUUAAGCAACUUACAAUUCUUCUUAGCUGAAGAACUGUG